AUGCCUAUCAUCCCACCCACGAUAGAGACAACAACUACACAAACAUCCAUAAUGGAUAACGCAGCAAGCUUGCUGAAGCGCAGCAGCAUGACCAACCCGGACAAAUACCCCCUCUACAUCUUCCUCAUCAUCGCCGGAUGCAUUGUAGGAGGACUCAUCGGGUUCAGUGUAUACACAAUGUUCCACGGUCUCGACGACUCAGAAUAUAUGAAGGACGUGUCACACGAGCAACGGACUUAUAUGCGCGAGACCAGACAGCGGUAUUUGAAUAUGUUGGCUCGUGAGGCGGGGAGACCUGACAUGAUUGUUCCUAUCAGGGGAAUGGAUGCUUGA